ACGGGAGCUGUGGCCGCGGGGAGCUCUGGUGCGAGACGAGCACCUGGCGCGGGUGCUUGCACGAGAAGCGGCGGGGACAGGAGGAGUGGCCCGAGGAGCGUGUGGGCGGCGGUGGUCUUGUCGCGGCCUGGGGCAGCUGUGUGCGUCGGACGGGGAGGCGCAUCGUCAUGGUCGCUUGCAGCUCGAGUGUGCGUGUGCGCGGAGGUGCGUGGUCUCGAGCUCGACGCGCCAAGCCCAACCGCGCUGAUCGUCGGCGAAAAAAAGUUCCCAGUCGGAAUUUCGUCCAGCAGCUCUCCACCUUUUCUGCACCAACACUGCCCGCCCACCAUGUCCAAGUCCGACCUCAAAGACGAGCAGAAGAAGCGCAAGAGGCAGGAGAAGGAGACCGACGACGUCCCGCAAAAGUCCAAAAAGUCCAAGAAGUCGGCUGAUGUCGAGGAUGCGACAGCUUCAGACUCGCCAGACGUCGAGGUCAAGAAGGUGAAGAAGGACAAGAAGGAGAAAAAAGAAAAGAAAGACAAGAAAGAGAAGAAGGCGAAGAAGACCAAGGAUGACGAGGACCAGCCUGCCGUCGACGAGGUAGCCGUCGAAGACAAGAAAGAGAAAAAGUCGAAAAAGUCCAAGAAAUCGAAAAAGGCUGAUGCUGACGCUGAUGCUGAGGACGAGAGCGCGCAGGCCGAGCAAGUCAACGGCGACGCCGCCCCUCUUGUCCAAGAUGAUGUACCAAUGGUCGAUGCGACUGCAGCCACUGACGACUCUACCUCGAAGAAGGAUAAGAAAGAUAAGAAGGACAAAAAGGAAAAGAAGGAGAAGAAAGACAAGAAGUCGAAGAAGGCCAAGGACGCAGUUGUUUCCGAUAAUGCGCCCGAGCAAGAUGCCGUCGGUGAGCUCGAGGAGCAGACCGAGGCCAUGGACAUCACCACAGACGAGGUAGACCCCGAGUCCAAGGCCGAUAAGAAAGAGAAGAAGAAAGACAAGAAGGAGAAAAAAGAGAAGAAGGACAAGAAAGAAAAGAAGGAGAAGAAGAGCAAAAAGUCGGCCGAAACUGAGACUGAGACCAACGAAGAAGCCGUCGCUGAGACCAACGGCGAUGACGCUGCAGAGGAGCAAGACGACGCCGAAGCAGAAGGAGAUGAGACUGCUGCAGGGAAGAAGGGUCGCUUCAUCGUCUUUGUCGGCAACCUCCCCUACACCGCAACCAAAGAGUCCAUCGAAGAGCACUUUGCCAAGAUCAAGCCCACCGAAAUCCGCCUGCGCACAUACAAGGGCACCAACAAGUUCAUGGGCACCUGCUUCAUCGAGUUCGACCGCUUCGACCGCAUGGAGACGUGUCUGAAGAAGUACCACCACUCCGUCUUCCCCGACGGCAAGAAGAAGGAAGGCCGCAAGAUUAAUGUCGAAUUGAGCGCCGGCGGCGGCGGCAACAGCGACGCGCGCAAAACCAAAAUCGCAGCCAAAAACGACAAGCUGCAAGACGAGCGCGUGCGCGACCGCGAGAAGCGCGCUGAGAUCGAACAAAAGCAGACGGAGCGCAAGGAGAAGAAGGACGCCAAGGCGAAGAAGGGCGGUGCUAAGGGCGACGGCGAGGCAGAAGAGGAGGCUCCUCCUGAGAUCAAUAAUAUCAACCCUGCGCGUCUGGCUAUGAUGCAGAACCUGGACCGUCCGUCGCAUAGGACGAGGUAUUGAGGUACCGCACGCUGGGAGAUGAGAGAUGAAGGUGGAGGUGGAUUUAGAGGGCUAUGUAGGGCUGGACUUGACGUAGAAAGGUUGGAUUGGAUAGAACAAAUCGGACGGCUGGCUGGAACUGCAUGAUACCACAGCAACAGCGACUACGAAAACGAGAAUGACAGCGAUAUUCGAAUAGACUGGAAUUAUGUU